UACCAGGUGGCUAUGACGUCACGGUACACCUCGUGAAAAUGGCAGACACAACGCUCUACGAAGUGUUGGGCGUUUCUAAAACUGCCUCUGAUGGAGAAAUUAAGAAGUCCUACUAUAAGUUGGCAAAGGAAUUUCAUCCUGACAAGAACCCAGCAGCAGAAGACAAAUUUAAAGAAAUAAGCUUUGCCUAUGAAGUUCUUUCCAAUCCUGAGAAAAGGGAGACCUAUGACAGGUUUGGACUACAAGGACUCAAGGAAGGAGGUGGAGGUGGAGGGGGAGCAGGUUUUUCCGACAUGUUUGGUGAUUUGUUUGGAGGAAUGUUUGGUGGUGGUCCAUUUGGAAUGGGUGGAAUGGGAAUGGGUGGACGACGUGGCAGAAGGAAAGGAGAGGAUACACUUCAUCCCCUCAGAGUAACGCUUGAAGACCUGUAUAAUGGAAAAACAUCAAAGUUGCAAUUAAGCAAAACUGUAAUCUGUACAAAGUGCAAUGGAUCUGGUGGAAAAGAAGGAGCCAUGCAUAGAUGUAGAACAUGUAAUGGUCGUGGUGUCAAGGUAACACUUAGACAGCUAGGUCCUGGCAUGGUACAGCAAAUGCAAUCUGUAUGUCCUGAUUGUCAUGGAGAAGGUGAGAUGAUUAAUGAAAAGGACAAGUGUAAAGACUGUAAAGGAAAGAAAGUGAUCAAUCAAACAAAGAUCCUUGAGGUCAAUGUGGACAAAGGCAUGAGGGACAACCAGAAAAUUACUUUCCGAUGGGAAGGUGACCAACUGCCUGAUAUGGAACCUGGUGAUGUUAUAAUUGUGCUGAAGCAACAGGAACAUGAACUAUACACACGUGAUGGAGAAAACCUUUACUGUACUUACAACCUUAGUCUAACAGAAGCUCUCUGUGGUUUCCAGUUUACUCUCAAACAUUUAGAUGGUAGAGAUUUACUCGUCAAAAGUCCCCCUGGUGAUGUAAUACAUCCAGGAGCUGUAAAGUGCAUAAAAGGAGAGGGAAUGCCUCUAUACAAGAGUCCAUUUGACAAGGGAGACCUUUUGGUCAAGUUUGAUAUCACCUUCCCACCACAGAACUUUGCUCCUGAACACAAGUUACAGAAAUUGGAGAAACUUCUCCCAGCUCGGCCCAAAGUCGAAAUCCCAACUGGUGAAGAUGUAGAGGAAGUGAACUUGGUAGAUUUGGAUGAAACCAGAGGAAGUGGUCGUCGCGGUGGCAAUGAGGCAUACGAUGAGGAUAGUGAUGAUGAGGGAGGCCAUGGAGGACCCAGGGUUCAGUGUGCACAUCAAUAACGCACAGACUUUUAGUAACAAUGUGGGUGUGGAUGGAUAAAAGGGAGAAAUGGAAGGGAGUGUGUUGUCAGAUGUGAGAAUUGUCAAGCAAGUCUUUGACUGCCCAGGUUCAAAUUUCAAAAGAAAAAGUAAAAAAAUCAAGAUCUUAUUUCACUAUUAAAUCUAAGGUCUUUAUUAUGAAAACCAUCAUUUAAAUUGAAAAUGAAUUUGAUUUUAUUCCUUUUUUGUUUUGAAAUUCAGACCUUAGUUGAAUGGAAAGAUCAAUUUUAUUGUUGUCAACUGUUUUUUGAAUAUUUAUAAUCUAUACGAUAAAUGUGAUGCCAUUACAUAUAUUAUGACUUUUGAGGUGACGUUUUAAAAGAUAGAACAACUUUUUUUUUAAAGUUUGUUCCUUUAUUAUUAUAAAGGUUCUGUCAGUGCAUUUCAACAAUUUCUCUGGUAAUUCCCAUCAUUUUCAUGUCAUUUGUUUUAUAAAUAUGUAUUUUUGGUUUCUAAUAAAUUCAAACGAUAUUUCCUGUUUAAAUAUAUUCAUGCAUGGCAGUUUGUUUAUGAUCCAUUACUAAACUCUCUUGUAUAAACAGAGAUCUGAAUAGUCUGUUUGAAGAUCAAGCAUUUUCGUUGAGCAGCUUAACUGCAUUUGUAAAUUUGGAAGCUUUCAAAAUCGUUUUCUUUUAAAUUUUAUUGCAUUGUUCUGUGAAUGCAUUUAUUUAUCAAGUUGUGAAGUGUGAUCAUGCAUCUGACAUUGAACUUCCACAUAGCUGUACAUGUGAUCAUUGAUUUUAAAGAAAAUUUAUAGACAUGCAAUGUUGCUUUUGAGUUCAGGUGAAGAAUGAAUGGAACAGUUCAAAAAAUUGUCUAUUCGUCCUAAUAUUGAUACCAAAUACUCUAACAUUUGUGUCUUGCUAAAAAUUAUUACAGUUUAAAAAAAAAUAAUGUACUAAGGAUUUGUUUGUAGCAUUGAGCAAGAAUUCAUGAAACAAAUCUUUGAACUAUGAAAUCCAGAACAAGAAAUAUCUAAUAAUAGAUUGUAAACAAAACUAUACAACAGCAAGGCCAGCCAGUCUGGAUGUACUAAAACUGUAAUCACAAACAAGUAGGAUAUAAAUUUUUAUAUUCUUUAACUGAAAGGUCAGUAAUAAGGAGCAACCAUAUACUGAGGUAUUAAAAGUAUGGUAUAUCUUCAAUGUUAUAAAAUAUGUCCUAUCCUAUACCAGUAUAUGUGUGAAUACAUCUUUUGUAAUUUUAAUGAUAAAUAAACAGCUUUUUAUUUUCAGCCAAUUUUUAUUCUUGCAUUUAUUUGAUUAUAUACAGUUUUCCUACAAGAAGUUGGGGUAUCCAUAUUUUGUUUUUGAUGUAGCAGAAUGAAAGAUCGUAAUUGAUACUUUUCUGGAUUAAUGAUGCAACCUUUAUUGAGAUGGUAAUAUUUAUAAGACAGUUUGUGAAUUGGGUUAUGUGGAAGUGUGUCCAAGUUUCCUGACUUGCGUUAUGAAAAUGGUGUAUUGUAGUGACACAGUAUAUCAAAGUGACAACCUUUAGGUGAUUGUACACAUUCUAGAGGGAGAGUGUAUGGUGGAUGAUUCACUCAGUACUAGUAGGGUAAAUGUGGAUUUGGUGUUGUGCUAUUUGUUGUGUCUGUUGACCCUGCUUACGUUUGUAGAUCAUAAUACAAAUACAUUGUUGUGCAUUGGAUUGCAAAUUUUCAUCAGAAAUCUUUCAUUGUGGAGGUUGUAAAAGCUUGUAUCUCUAUGUACUACAGCUGAAACCAUUCAUCACAAUGUUUGUCUAUUUAGAACAAAUAUUAUCUGGGUAUACUUUUCUAUCAUUGAAAAAAAGACCUAUCUUUUAUUUAAUGAAGAUUGAUUUUGAGUGGCUUUUGGCAUGAAAAAAAAAAGCAGUAUCAUCAAAUUACUUUGCCCGGUGAUCAAAUGUACAGGUGGGGCUUCAUGGCAAAUACUCGACCAGUGAGUUACUAUAGACACUCAUAUUAUCAAAAAAUAUAUACAAUGACCUAUAUUUAAAGGUCACAUUAAAUUAUCACUUUCAUAUUCUACUUACUGGCAAAGGAAUAUAUUUGAAGAUACAUGAUGUGAAUACUUCUUUGGAUGUAUAAAAACAAAGAUGAAAUCAUUCCAGAUUUAACCCCAUGAAUCUUUCGGGAAUCGUGUUGUAUUUUCUUGCCAAUUUUUGACAGAAAAAAAUCUUUAAUGUAUCGCAGUUUUUUUUAUAGAGUAUGUGGCUAUACGCAUGCAAGGCCAUGGUACAAGUGGGAUAUUGCAUGAUUUAUUGCAGCUUCAAUUAGAAUUGAUGGUCUUUUAACUGGAUUGCACAAUUUAUAAUCCUUCAAUAUAUAUAUUUUAAUAAGUAGCAAUCUAACUUCUGAAAAAAUCUAAUGUUUCAUAACUUUUCUCAAACAUUUUAGUUCUACUCAAAUGAAAAGAAAUGUGAAAAGAAACUUGUUUUGAUUUGAAUGUAAAUAAUGUACUGUCUACUCUGUGAAUAAUGUUCUGUCUACCUAGAAAGUGACAAAUUCAUGAGAUUUUUUCCUGGUACGUGUUGUCUGGUACUGCAAGUUUUCAGGACUGAAUAGUACUUUAGAUUUUAGAGAUGAACCACUGAAAGAGAUAGUACAGUAAAUGAUAAUAUAAAACUGCUGAAUAGACUUUUAGCUUACUCUUCAGACGAUUAAAAGUUUACUACAUCUGUUUCUCCUCACAGUUAACCUAUAAUUGACUGGUUAUUAGUUCACCUGGUCCAAAGGACCAAGGUGAGCUUAUGCCAUACCGUGGCGUAUGUCGUCCGUCCGUCCGUCUGUCAACAAUUGACUUCUUCUUCAUAACCACCGAUCGGAAUUUGACCAAAUUUGGUCAAAAGCAUCCCUAUGGGGUGGGGACUCAAAAUUGUACAAAUGGUGGGGCUGACCCCCUGGGGGUCUUAGAGGCAGGGCCAAAAGGGGUCAAUUUGGCUAAAUUGAUAUAAACAACUUAUUCUCUGAAACUAAGCAAUGGAUAUCGCUCAUAUUCGCCUGGUAGCAUCCCCUUGGGUAGGGAUUCAAAAUUGUACAAAUGAUGGGGCUGAGGGGCGGGGUCAGAAGUGGUCAAUUUGGCUAAAUGAUAUAAACAACUUCUCCUCUGAAACAAUUAAGCAAUGGAUAUUGCUCAUAUUUGACUGUGAGCAUCCCUUUGCGGUCUGGAUUCAAAAAUGUACAAACGGUGGGACUGACCCCCCUAGGGGGCUGAGGGGAGGGGCCAAAAGGGGUCAAUUUGGCUAAAUUGAUAUAAACAACUUCUCUGAAAUUAAGCAAUGGAUAUCGCUCAUAUUUGCCUGGUAGCAUCCCCUUGGGGCAGGGAUUCGUAAUUGUACAAAUGACGGGCCGACCCCCCGGGGAGCUGAGGGGUGGGGCGAAACAGGGUCAAUUUGGCUAAAUUGAUAUAAACAACUUCUAUGAAACUAAGCAAUUGAUAUGGCUCAUAUUUGACUGAGCAUCCCUUUGGGGUCUGGAUUCAAAAUUGAACAAAUGGUGGGGCUGACCCCCGGGGUUUGAGGGGCGGGGUCAAUUCGGCUAAAUUGAUAUACACAACUUCUUUUCUGAAACCAAGCAAUGGAUAUAGCUCAUACUAGACUGUGAGCAUCCUUUUGGGGUCGGGAUUCAAAAUUGUACAAAUGGUGGGGCUAACCCCCUCCCAGGGGGGCUGAUGGUUGGGGCCAAAAGGAGUCAAUUUGGCUAAAUUGAUAUAAACAACUUCUUUUCUGAAACUGAGCAAUGGAUAGCGCUCAUAUUUGCCUUGUAGCAUCCCCUUGGGGUUGGGAUUCAAAAAGGGGUCAAUUUGGCUAAAUUGACAUUUUUAGAAUUACAAUAAAACAAUGUACCCAUAUGAAAUGCUUAUGAUAUAUUGACAUAGCAAUACCAGCGACAAAUAUACUUAAGCAUCAUUCUUGUUUCAUAUCUCAUGCAACCAGGUGAGCGAUACAGGCCCUCUGGGCCUCUUGUAUAACUAGACAGGGUGAUUGUUGUCUAAUAUACAGAGAACCGUUAAGUAAUCAAUCCCUAUACAAGGUUUAAACUAAUGAUCAUUAUGUACUAUCAAUAUAGAUGUUUUUAGAACUUGACAAGGAUCUAUUAUUCUUGUAUUUGUGAAUGGUGUCUUCUUCAAUAUUUGAGGGAGAAAUUUAUAAAAGAAUAAACAUGACGCACCAACAA